AUGGAUGAUUUCCUCCAUUUCUAUGGUCAAAAGAGUUUGAUAAGAUCAAAAACAGGUACUCUCUACGAUAUAUCUCUCCCAAGGAAUUUCUCAGGUAUUAAAGCUUCAAUUGUUAGAUUUAGAACAGGAAAUCUAUGGAGAAAUGGAGCAAAUUUAAGUUUCCUUCAAAUCCCAUCUAGGGUUAUUACAACAAUGCCAUUCGUUAAUCGUAUAGAUUUGGUUUUUCAUGAUUUCGGUAAUUGGUCCAAUUCCUAUUUCCACGUACCAAAUCACACGAUCAUCACAAAUGUUAUCGGUUUCAGAGCGUACGACUCCGAAUCGAUCAACCGAACCGUUCAAUUCGAAGCGAAUGGCGCCGACUCCACGAUCUCCGUAAAAUUCCCUAAAAGCCAACGAAAUUAUGCGACAAUGAGGUGCAUUAGGUUCAUGCCAAAUGGGUCUUUCGAGUUCAUAAACCUAUCGAGGCCAUACGCGUGCGAAACGCGAAAAACGGGGCAUUUCGUGAUCGUGACUAAUAGUUUUGAUAAAGGGAAUGAGAAAAGGUUGUUGCUUUGGAAAUGGUGGGUGAUAGGGUUUUUAGUAGGGUUGGGAUGUUUGUUGUUUAUUGGCGUGUUGUUACUCGUUUUGUUUUGGGCGUUAAAAAAGAAUAAGAUUGUUACGAUGGAGAAACAAUCGGAUAUGAGCGUCGGUUUGGAAACGACGUGGAUUGGGAGGAGUAGAAUGCCUUCGGCCUCGAGUAUUAGAACACAACCUUCUUUGGAAGAUGAAUAUAUUUCUUGAUAAAUAUUUUUUUUGAUCAUCAUGCAAUAUUAAUGUUUUUAUCUUCUUUGAUGAGUUUUUUUGGUUAGGUCAUUUUUUCAAGAUGGAUAUAUUCAUUUUGAUUCAUCAAUUGAGCAAUGUGUUAUUGUUGAGAUUAGUGCAUGGCUAAAUGGGUGAAAA